AACAGACGCACAGUGUUCUACUCUACGCCCUUGCGAAUCUACACGUGUUUAGUGAUAAAAAAAAGAAAUAUUAUAAUCAAUUCGAUUCAAGUCACUCGAUCGAAAUGUAGGCAAACGUCACCUAGCGCUUCAUCAGUUUCAGUCUGUUUUCAAAUCUUUUUUAAUUCACCCAAAACACUUCAAACUUUAUUUUAAAUCUAAAAUUAUCACUUAUUCUUAUAUUUGUCUCAAAAUUAAACUUUAUAUUCAUAUUUAUUGUAUUUUUUAUUUUACAAAAUGUCAUAAUAGUAUAAAAUAAUUGACACUCUAAAGAUUGCUCAUGGAGUCGCAAGGGCUGAAGAGCUGAACAUCUGCUUGUACAUACUCUGUAAACUAAAAAGUGAUAAAACGAGAUUUGGAAAUUCGAAAAGAAAAUCUGAAAUUUUUCUGCUAAAAAAUGGGUAAGGGAAAAAACUGUCUCUCUUGCCGGACUGUCCUCUGGAUUUUAGUAUUCUGUGGUUUCGGCAUGAAUUAUAUGUUAAGGAUAAAUCUGAAUCUUGCUAUAGUAGCGAUGGUUGUUCCCCGUUUGCAAUCUGCAGCUUCGCUUCAAUGUGGAACUCAGAAAAAUAUUAGUCAUACCACCAUUUUUACAACUACUAUUGCACCUUCUCAAAAUGUGAAGGAUCAGCGAAUGAUCAAUUCGCGAAUAAGUUCUAUUUCUCAAUUCGAAGAUAGGUUCCAAUGGAACGAAUAUGAACAAAGUUUGGCUUUAGGAUCUUAUUAUUGGCUCCACUGGUUGUCUCAACUUCCAGGAGGUCUUUUGGCUCGUAGAUAUGGAACAAAAGUCAUUUUUGGCUGGGCCAAUUUGAUUACUGCCUUACUUGGACUAAUAAUUCCAGUCGCGACCAGUUAUCAUCUUAGUGCUUUGAUUUUUCUCAGAGUCAUUCAAGGCUUAGUUGCUGGUGUCUCCUGGCCUGCUAUGCAUGGCAUGACUGCAAAGUGGAUCCCUCCUCAAGAAAGGAGCAAAUUCGUUAGUUCAUACUUGGGAAGUUCGGUGGGAGCAGCAAUCACCUAUCCACUGUGUGCGUUAGUUAUCAGUUGGUUUGAUUGGCAGUCUGCUUUUUACGUUACUUCGAUUCUCGGGAUUAUAUGGUUCUGCUUCUGGCAAUUCCUUGUAUUCGAUUCUCCGGAUCAACAUCCUAGAAUCUCGAUGACAGAAAGGAGUUAUAUUUUGGAAAAUCUUUCUGAAACAAAUCAGGAAAAAAAGAUACCAUGGAAAGCAAUAGUAACCUCUGGACCUUUAUGGAUUGUUAUUGUUGCUCAUUUCGGAGGAUCAUGGGGUUUUCUCACUAUGAUGACACAGGCUCCAUCGUAUUUUAAUUACAUCCAUGGCUGGGAUGUAAACGCGGCUGGAGUUUUAUCUGGAUUGCCGCAUAUACUAAGGAUGAUGUUUUCCUACGGAUUUGGAGUCCUAGGCGAUUGGCUUCUAAGAACCAAACGUAUGAGUCUAACAAAUGUUCGAAAGUUGGCCACAUUCAUGUGCACAAUUCUUCAGGGAUUUUUGACUUUGGGACUCAGUUACAGUGGCUGUUUUUCAACUUUAGCAAUAAUAUUCAUGAUGACAGGAACUGCAGUCAAUGGUGCAGUUUCUGCAGGAACUUUAGCAGCUCUUGUGGAUCUAAGUUCCAAUUAUGCUAGUGUUAUUCUCGGAUUUUGUAAUUUAAUCACAGCUGCCGCUGGGUAUAUAUCACCAUUCGUCGUUGGACUGCUAACCAAUAACAAUCAAACGAUAGAAAGGUGGCGACUCGUUUUUAUAAUCUCUGCAAUUUUGCUAAUCUUAAGUGGAAUUAUUUUUAUACUCUUUGGAACUUCCGUGGAGCAAUCUUGGAAUAACUACAGAAGUGAAGAACGUGAAGAAAAUGCUGAAGAAAUGAAGAAACUUCGUUCAAAAUCUAAUUUACAAAAUCAUGUGAACGAAAAGGAACAAUUAUCAAAAAGAAAUGAAGAGAAAGCAUGAAUAUCAGAAGAUAAAUUUAAAUAAUCACCAUUUUUAUAAUAAGAUCGAACUGAAAAAAUGACUUUGAAAAUGGGGAUAAAAAUAAGUCACAAAAGAAUAGACUGUGAAAAAUAUUUAAUUUUUAAUAGAUAAAACUGUUAUGUAUGAUGGAAAGCGAAUUUUUUAGGCGGAUAAGAAAAUGGUUAUUGUCCUUAAAUUUAAAUUAUAUUUUAUAUUUGUUGGGGUGCAAUUUGUUACAAUAAUGACCAAAAUGCACUCAUAAUUUUACAGUACAGCAAGUUUUUUUAUUAUGUAAAGCUUGGAAGUUUUUUUACAAAAGAAAAAUUUUAUGACAUAUUCAAGUCAAAUAAUUAAAAAAAUGUAUCGCGAAAAAUCCGGAUUCGAAUACAUUUUUUUCUCGAUGUUCUUGUGGUAUUUUUGUAACCUCAACAACACAUCUGUCAGAAUCAAAAUCAUUUAUAAACGACUGGAAGAAAAUUAUCAAAGUAGUAAAUCAUAUUAAUAAUUUCCGGAAUUCUACAAGAGUAAAAAAGCUAAAAAGUAUUCUUCGACAAAUUGGUUUUUGGUUAAUAGGUCGAGACUUCAAUUCUUCACAAAAUAAAAAUCGAAAAAAAUUACUUUGAUGCUAUAAGUAAAAAAAUCAAGUCUCUCGAUCCUAAAAAGAAUGUAAGAAAAAAAGGAAAACCGGAACCUUCAAAAGUUGAAGUCUCUCAACUUCGAGAAAAAAUCAACAAGAAACUUCAACAUCAAAACGAACUUCACGAAUUGAUGAAUAAAACUUCAGUGAAGGAGAUUGUUAGUCAAGAUACCAACCAUUAUCCUCCGCCGGUAAUUGACCGGUCGUUUACUGCCGCUUAUCUCGGAACAGAACCAGUGUUAUCUAG